CGCUGUCGGUGUAUACCGCGGGUCGUGUACAAAGUCAACAUCACCGACUCGACUUGUGUUAUCGCGCGAAUCACAGCGGCGGUCUCCCCCCCGAGCUUUUCCGUUAUCUUAUUACAUAGCGCGUAAAUCACUUUCUCCGGACGACGCGCGUAAUCUCGCCGUCGCGGGCUUUUUCUCGCGCUUAUCGCGCCGCGCGAUCGCUUGCAAGUAGAAUUAAGAUCUAGUAUAGAAAAAGUAGUUCGUAGUAAAACGGCAUGGUCCGUAAGUGACAUCGUCGCGUCUUUCCUCCUUCGGCCGUUCGUACAGCAGAUCGGCAAAAUCGGCGAUCUAUCUCGCGGGGAAAUCGGCGAACGCCACUUGCAAUCGUUACGUUGCCACGUUGGAAACGAUUACAGCUCCACGAAGGAAAAAAAGAAAAUCUCUUUGUCUCGGUGAGACAAAAAGGAGAGAUUGAUUUUUCCUAGACGUCUAACAGAUCGACACGCAGUCGGCUCAUUAAUCUCGUUCGAUCUCUCGCGCUCAUGUCGCAUCGUUAAUCAUUCUAUCGAUCGUCGGUGUCACGUGUGUACAUAAAUUGCAUAGAAUUACUCGAAGAUACCGUGCACGACGAUCGAUCGUGUCCGAGGUGACAAAUUAUUCAGCAUGCUCUUUCUGAUCAUCGUGUAAACAUUCCGUUGUAUCCCGUCCUUUCGAUUGUCAUCGAGAUAAAGUGAGAGGGACAUUAGAUGAAUGUUUUAUGAUCUUUUGUUACUGCCAAGUAAGCUGCGGAUUUCGAAGAGGCAACAUGAAAUAUAUAUAUAUAUAUAUAUUCAGAAACGAUCGAACACAACUCGGUGGUUCUUGCGCUACCAGAGCUCUCGUGUUCGUUUCUCUCGCAACAAGAAGUUCUAUUCGCCGAAUCGCCGUCGCGAUAUCUUUUUGCAAAUCGCUGUUACAUGUAUAAAUUUAGAAUACAAAGGGAGAAGGAACGAUCUAAAAGUGCGAGCUAGUGAAAACGAAGAGAUUUACAAACAAAUAAUCUCAAGCAAGGCACAACUGUCAACAAUUCUCAGAUUAAAAUUAAUUGACAGACUGUCGCGACAUUCCGCGAAGGAAGAGAACAGAAAAGCGCGAGAGUCUUCUUUCCAAGAUGUAAUCUGGCAUAAGCUACGCUUGGUACAGAUUGGUAGAGAUUCCGUUACACGGUUUGUGUACAAGGAUACAGAUUAGUGUCAUCUCCCGUCAACGAAAUGUACAGAGUAAACUAAA